CUGCUGACGAAACAAAGCAAAAUAUAUAGACUUUUUUUGUAUAACAAACUCGCGACGUCACGAUUUGUCAAUUGUUGCAAUCAUCAUAGCUUAAAGAGGUAGACUCUUCUGAACGUCAGGACUUCAUCAACUGUUGUACAUUACUCUUUCUAUCGGUGGUAAGUAGGCCUAAACUGACAUGUUACGAGGAGUCACAGUUUCCUUGGCCGUGGCGGUCCUCUUGGUGUCGGGGGGCUUUCGCGGCCUGGUCUCGGCGCAGAGGGACAGUCAAGCUUCGCUGGAGCUUGUGGACGGGGGCUACGUGAAUCUGCUGAUCGGCAUCAGUGACAGGGUUCCCAACAAUCCAGCUCUGCUAGACCGCAUAAAGUUAAUCUUCACUGAAGGCUCCAAAUUCCUGUUUCAGGCUACCAGGAAGCGUGUCUACUUCAAAGACAUUCACAUCCUGGUUCCGGAGAGUUGGGAAGACUCGGCAGAGUAUUCCAGCGUAACUUGGCAGCGCUUCGACCAACGUGACGUCCUCGUCGACAGACAUUCAGGAGACGUUCCGUUUGUGCGCGGUUUAAAAGAGUGUGGGGGAUCCGGGCAAUAUAUCCAUCUAACGCCAAAAUACUUCCUAUCGCAGGACUCUGAAAGCCGCUUUGGACCUUAUGGAAAGUUAAUUACCCACGAAUGGGCGCACUACCGGUGGGGUGUGUUUGACGAAUACCCGUAUCCGAAAGAUGUUCAAUUCUACGCUCAUUCCAAUGGGAAUAUCGAGGCUGUCAGGUGUGUCCUAAAAAUAACGGGUCGUCGGGUGCUCCCAAACAAGCCAAAUGAGUGCCAGGAAGACGAAAACGGGCUGCCUGAGCCUGCAUGUCAGUUUUGGGAUGACCGCCGCGGUACAGAUUACACCGGCUCCCUCAUGUACAAGCAGUUCUUACCCGCGGUUUCCACCUUUUGUGAGAAAGCGGCCAACGGGACGCCGGAGGGGAACGUGCACAACAGGGAAGCACCCAACAGGCAAAACCGUUUGUGUAACGGGAAAAGCAUAUGGGAGGUUAUGCUCAAACAUAGCGACUUUGCUUCGGGGAACAGCGAGAACGACAUUAACGUCGAAACCGUGCCUGAAUUUACUGUGGUCAAGAAGCGACCAAGCCACAUCGUUCUGGUCGUAGAUACCUCUGGUAGCAUGCGGGGACAAAAACUACUUCAGCUCAAACAGGCAUCCGCAAGGCUUGUCACUGAAAUUCUGGAGGAUGGAGAGAUGUUAGGCCUUGUUGCAUUUGCGGGAAGCAGUCGUAUCGUAUCACCACUUCGAACCCUCAAUGACGUGAAUCGAGAUUCACUCCUCGUGGGCAUCAACAGUCUUGUUGCCGAUGGAUCGACUAGCAUUGGAGCAGGAAUCAGACAAGGUAUCCAGGUAUUGCAGGGUGUUUCAGGGAAUAGGGAAGAUGCUGCAGGAGGAAAGAUCAUAGUAGUCACAGACGGUGGAGAGAAUAGGAGCCCGUAUAUUGCAGAUGUUCUACCAUUGGUGAAUGGUCUAGGCGCAACUAUAGACACAAUUGCCCUUGGUUCACAGGCUUCACAACACCUUGAGAUGUUAUCGACCUCCACUGGUGGCACGGCCUACUCACUCGAGGAGGAAUCAAGCUCACUCAGUGAUGUUUUUAGCAAAUCAUCUACAACGGAAAAUUCCGUUACAUCAGUGCCGAUCACCUUGUAUUCAGAGUUCAUCCAAAUUCCAGAGGGUCAAAAUUUCACCGGCGCCGUCUACAUAGACCCCUCGAUCGGUCGUGAUACCCAAUUCGUAUUCGGGCACAGCCAACCAGGCAGCAUAGCAGUGCGUAUGACGGGCCCAAAUACGACCCUGAUAACGGAGGGCUCGCCCGAGUAUGACGCAAAUUCUGCUUUCCAGCGAAUCCGCAUCGCUAUCCCGGGUGAUGCACAGGUCGGCCGAUGGCACUUUGAGGUCAGCAACAAUCCUCAAGGUGUGGAGAAGGUGACCGUGUUGGUCCAGAGUCACGCCCGGGAGAACCAGGAGCCCAUCCUAAUCGAGUCAGACUGGGGGCACGGGACUGUCGUUCCACCACAAAUACAAGCCCUCUACGUGUCCGUGGGGCAAGGAUAUACACCAGUUGUUGACGCCGACGUCAGAGCUGUUGUUGACCUCCCCUGCGGAAACGGAAAAGAGACAAUGACUCUGCACCCUAAGGAUGAUGGGAUAGGUGCUGACAUCACGAAGGAUGAUGGCGUGUACUCGUCGUAUUUCACCGAGUUCUGUGGCAAGGGUAGAUACAGUGUCAAUAUUGAGGUCAUCAACGACGGUCAGGCGACCUCUGUGGCAUUCGGUAGCAUAAUUGGUUUAGGCGCCGCGAUCAACCCAGAAUCUACCGGGGAUGACUCCCAGUAUCCGCCCGAGCCGGAGCUCCGAAGCACGGGCGAAUUCAGGCGCGUCAGCAUCGGUGGCAGCUUCAAAUGUGAGGAAUCGAACAAUUGCAGCCGAAGCAUUGACAUGUAUCCCCCAGCCCGUAUAACUGACUUGAUGGCGACCAAUGUUGAUCCUAACACCAAACAGAUUAAGCUGACUUUCACCGCACCGGGAGACGAUCUGUCCACGGGCAAAGUCUCGUAUUACGUCAUCGUGAUGUCACGAAACGUAUCCGAUAUUUACGACAACUUUGACGGUGUGCCAGAGGUACCGUUGGAUAGCUUUGUGGAAGGUAACAUCACGGAGACGAAGGAUGCCGGCGAAAUAGAGGUCUUCGUGGUUCGAGUGACAGAGACCGGUACGUUCAGCUACGCCUUCGCCGUUGUGGCCAUAGACGAUGAUGGAAACCGGGGUGAGCCAUCUAACGUUGUCACCUCAUCAGCCCGUGAGAGACGGCCAGUACCACCGUCGACGGUUUCACCGUCGGCAGUGUCACCGUCGGCAGUACAACCGUCGGCAGUACAACCGUCGGGAGUCUCCUUAGGGCUGGUCAUUGGCUGCUCGCUCGGUGGCGCUGUCAUCCUAAUCCUGGUGGUGAUCAUCGCCGUGUUUGUACGCCGCAGAAGACGUCAGGCGAAAAAAAGGGAGACUGGCCCCCGAGCCCCCCACAUCAAUAGUAGUCCGGAGGAUGGAAUAGACAAUGAAACAUACAUAAACUAGAGGUUCGCGUGUGUUUAGUUACAAACGCAGAGUGGUCGGACUGGCAUAUAUUUCACUCUCAUAAACUUUACAACAAUA